CUUGAUCUUUAGCUUCGGAGAUUUUCCUUUUCCUCAAUUAAUACUAUUAAUAUUAUUAAUAAUAGCCUUAAAAGCAUAUUUCCACAUAUAAAACUUCAAUUUUACGCCAUCUUCAUACUUGUAAACUCAAAAAACGCCCUUGAAACUAUUUACACAUGUCAAAGUGUAUUCACACUGUAUAAACACACCAUCACGUAGACGUCACUUGUCACAAUCAGCUGUUUUUGUUGCCCCAAGUCACAAUCAGCUGUUGCUUAUUUACAUUCUAUGAGUUUCCCUUUGAAAACCCACGUUUUUGUAUUAAAUUAAGUAAUUCCUGGUGCGACAUGAAAGUGGACAACUUAAAAGUGAUAGUAUUCGACUUGGAUUACACUUUGUGGCCCUUUUGGGUGGAUACCCACGUUACGCCGCCCUUCAGGAGGAAAAACGGGGAUGUACUGGACGCCCAUGGCUCAAAAGUGAAAUUUUACCCCGAAGUACCCGGGGUAUUAAAAUCUUUAAAAGAAGAAGGUUACGAGCUGGGGGUGGCUUCCAGGACUGGGGAGAUAAAAGGGGCCAAUCAGCUCCUGGACCUCUUCGGCUGGGACAAGUACUUCACUUAUAAAGAGAUCUUUCCCGGGUCAAAAGUAACCCAUUUUAAUAACAUAAAAAAACAGUCAAAGUCCCAGUUCGAAAACAUGCUAUUCUUCGACGAUGAAAGCCGGAAUAUUUAUGACCUGGAGAGGCUUGGAGUGGUGUCUGUCCUGGUGAAACAUGGGGUUACUCAGCAGGUGGUCGAGGAAGGAAUUCAGAAAUUUAUUAAGAAGGGACUUUAAUAGAGUAACUGCCCAAGUGUUUUAUUUAUUUACGGAUUUAAUUGCUGUUAAGAAUAUACUUAUUAUAAUAAAAAAUUAAUGUUGGAAA